AUGGCUGGCCAAGUCAUCAACAUUAAGCGCGACGUCCUGAUCUUCGUCACUAAUCGCUCUCUGUGGGAAGAAGUGGGCAGCAUCCAGGGCGAUGUUGCCCGUCGCUGGGGCACUGUCGUAAAGCGACAGAAUGCCUCCAUCAGCAUCAUCGCUCUGCUCUUUGGGAAAGACAUCGUCUCCUCCCGAGCCUGCGCCACUGCUGUCUCUCAGCUUCCCAAGCUGCAGGGCGAUAUGGAUCUGGCGGUUAAGUUCUGUAGCCCUGGCUGCUGGCCUACGGCGUCCAGUCGUGCGUUAAAGAUGGGCAGUGCCGUCUCCUCGGUCUACUCAUUCUCCCAGGUCCUCAAGUCCGACGAACCCUCCUCCAUUGACAAGCCCGAGCCCAAGAAUGAUGAGCCAACCGAGUUGAACACGGAAUACGCUGCGAUCAAGGCUUCCGCUGCCGCCGUCACGCCUAACGCGCCCCACAACAACUCCCCUGAGCCCAUUGAGCCUACCAAGUCCCCCGAGGUUGCCCGCAAGCCUCUCCAUCGCUGCCUCGUUUCUCCGAAACCCGCUUCACUCGGUCCUAGAGACCUCAAAACGCCUAGAGAUACCAAACAGAAUGUCGACGAGGACGAUUACUCAGAUGCCGGUCUUGGUGGCGGUCUAGGUUAUUCCGACGAAGAGGAAGAUGGCGCAGAUGCCAUCCAAGUGAUGCUGCCAAUUCCUUCGGGUAACGGCGAGGACGUCUCAACCAUCACAGAAGAGGAGCUGUCUUCUACACGUCAUUCAUUUCUUGCCAUAACACCUUUACCUUCCGCGCCCCUGCUGAGUUUUGACUGUAGCUAUGGGGACUUGUCUACGCCUAAUAACACCCCGCUCAAACAGGUCAACUUGGCUCCUCGAUGGGGACAGAAACGGGCCUCGGACCUGGUAGAGGAACUGUCGCCCCCAAAUAAGGCCAAGAAGGCCAAAGUGACAUCGAGCUUGGAUCCACCCUUGCGAAAACCAUUGCAGUCUAUCGUGACCCCGCCGCCUGACCCCCCGCCGACUGCCCUGGUGCCGGCGUCUGCUCCCUCAGACGAACACAAGGGUGAUGGGCCAGCCAAGGCCCCCUGCUGUUACAAUCUCGAGUGUGUGGUUCUCUAUUCCAAUGUGUUAAUUAUGAAUGAUACUUACAGCGAUGGGCCUAAACUUUACUGUAGCUAUUUGUAUUUGUGGUUCUAA